ACACCAAAUUUCAUUUUGCGAACGAAAUAAACAAAGAAAGAUACCUUCGAGUUUUCAAGAAACAUCCACUUGGCUUAUUUUGAAUCAACCUGUUUAGUAUUAGCUUACUAAUACUUUUGAGAAAUCUAAUUGAAAAUUGCCUUUUGUCUCUUUGAGAAAUCAAACAGUUAGAAGGAUCAAGCUUAUAGUAUAGUGUCUCUUUGAGAAGACUAGAAGAGUAAAAGGGCUUUACCUCAAAAUCCAAUUUCAUGUCUUCUACGCUCUGCCUUCUUGUGAUUCUGAGCCUGCUCACCGUCACAAUCUCGUCGCCGGGAUCGCCGUCGAUCCUCCGCGCCGUUAACACCGGCACCGCCGCCGUGGAUUUGAACGUCACCAAUUUCGAUGCGGUGCUCCGUGACACUCCCGCCACCUACGCACUAGUUGAAUUCUUCGCUCACUGGUCUCCGGCUUGCCGAAAUUUGAAGCCGCAUUAUGAAAAGGUUGCGAGGCUGUUCAAUGGGCCUGAUGCUGUGUAUCCGGGGAUGGUAUUGAUGACAAGGGUUGACUGUGCGUCAAAGAUAAAUACCAAACUCUGUAAUAACUUCUCUGUAAGCCAUUAUCCUAUGCUCUUUUGGGGCCCUCCAUCUAAAUUUGUAUCUGCUGGUUGGGAGCCUAAACAAGAGAAGAGUGAUAUACAAGUCAUUGGUAAUGGGCGUACAGCUGACCUGCUACUUAGUUGGAUCAACAAGCAAAUGGGCAGCUCAUUUGGAUUGGAGGAUCGAAUAUCUCACAAUGUGGCACAAGCACUGUCAUCUCUGAAGUAAUUUCAUAGUAUGGAGCACAAGAGUUUUAGUGGAACUACCUUAAACCCUAAGAAAAAUGCUACUGUUAUUUAUAUCCAGAACUCAAGUUCAAGUCAGUUUGUUGACCGGCGAGUGUGCUUCUGCUUUAAUUUUUGAUUUCUUGGAUUUUGCAGCCCUAGUGGCUUCUCUAAGUAUUUAUGUUUUCUCAAAGAUAAAAAAAUAAUAAUAAUAAUAAAAAAAUUCAGGUUGUUUACAAA